AUGCCGAUGGAAACGCUUGAAAAGGAGGAGAAUUCAGAAGGUGUUGAAGAUCAAUAUUUGGUCGAUAAAGCCACAAUGAACGGCUCUUCGUAUUACCAUGGAAUGAUUCCAGCACAAGAUGUGGCUGAUCUACUUGAACAGGAUGGUGAUUUUUUAUUGAGGAAAGAAGAAAUUAAAGGAGGGUUGCUUACAGCAGCGCUGUCUGUACGUAGCGGAGGCGACGUUAAACAUUUUGUGGUUAAUAAAUCCGAUCAAGGAGAAUUCUACAUCGAAACAUUGAAAGCUAAAACCAUAGAGGAAUUAGUACGGAAUCAUCUUUCAACCGGUGAACCAUUGUCGCAAGCUUCGCAAGUGGUCCUGAAACGAGCGAUACCUCGUCAGGAAUGGAUGUUAAAUCAUGAGGACAUUUUGUUAAAACAGAGUAUGGGUCGACGUCAAGGUGUGGAGGAAUUUAUUGGAGAAUUCAUGACAAAUAAUGGAACUCGUCAAGUGUUUCUGAAAACACUUGGAAUCUCUUGUAGUAGCGAAACAAAGGCUCGAUUCAUGAAAGAGGUACGACUACUUCGCUCUCUCAAUCAUCAAAAUGUCGGCGAAAUAUAUGGUGUUGCGCUACAUCAUACUCCAAUCACACUUGUCCUGGAGUAUUUUGCUAAGUCGUUGAGCACUCAUCUCCGACAAAAUGUCGGUCGAAUUUCUGACGCAGAGAAGCGACGAUUCGUAUGCGAAGCAGCUGCUGGACUGGCAUAUCUGGCCGAGAACAACUGUAUUCAUCGCGAUAUUGCAGCACGAAAUUGCAAACUCAAUGAUGUUUUGGAGGUGAAAAUUUCUGGAUUUUCGUUGUGUGUGCCGAAGAAAGAAAUGCACGAUGAGCAAAACAUGCAAAUCGCUGUGAAAUGGCAGGCUCCAGAGGUGUUGAAAGACCGUAAUUUCAGCUUUAAGUCAGAUGUGUGGUCUUUUGGAGUGUUGAUGUGGGAAGUGUAUUCGGAUGGGGCAGAACCGUACAGUGGAAUGUCACCCAGUGCCGCGAUGAACGCAAUAUUAAAGGAGGACUUUAGGAUGCCUAUUCCAAAGGAUUGUCCAGAAGAAAUAUCGAAAAUUAUGUCAUCCUGUUGGGAGACAUUUCCACGAAAAAGACCUUGUAUGCAAGCAAUCUUUCUAGUGAUUAGAGACUUUUAA